AAGCGUCGGAUCGACAUUAAAGUUUUUGUUUUUUUUUUUUUUGAAACUAAUAAAACGGUUCAAAAUCUAUGCGCCCAUCGAUGUGUGGUAUUCGGGCAAUAUUGUGGUUGGCUGCAUUUAUUUAUUGCCAUCAUGAAAUCGAAACAUAUCGAGUUAUAAAUUUCAUUGGAGGCAUUGGCAUACCUCUUGACGAUUCUGGAUUUGAAUCCUAUAUAUCUGGAUACAUUUUGAAAGCCCAAUAUUAUUUACCAGAGGAGUUUGGGCCAAUGAAAUUGAGACCACAGACAAUACAUCGUCGCAAACGUGAAAAUUCUCACACAGAGUUCAAUUACUCACCUAAACACAGAUCGAAAUAUAUAAACGAAACUGUGCAAGGACACACGAAUCGAAAGGAAUAUAAAAACAGGAUUGGUGCCGAUUCCAAUGGUUCUCGAGAAACCUUAAGUUUGAUGAAAACUACCGGAGUUUAUCGAUGGAUUAUUUACAGAGCUAUUGAAAUUGCAUUAAAUAAUUCCGCCCUGCCUGGCCAAAUCUGUUUAUUGCGCAGCAUUUGUGAACAUGCUGCCGUGCCGUUCGAUUAUCGAAGUGGGCUGCUGGGAGAGAUUUUGCAUAUUAUUUUAACUCCCUCGACUUCGGAAGAUGAUUCUACAAAUUCCUCAGCAAAUAAAGUAUAUUCGGAAGCGGAAUCCCAGGGAAAAUCUGGUGAAGAUUGCUCGAUUUUAUACGGAGAAUGCUCCAAGCCUCCAAUGGAGUUCAUAUCGGCAAUAUUAAGAAAUUAAAGUUGACCUAGAAUUGUUUGAAAAUACGAAUUUAAAUGCUAAUAUUUAUUUAUGUAGAUAAAAUAAAUUGUACAGAUUAAUUAUAAAUUGCUAAUCAGAAAUAUGUAAGGUUUUAAUAAAGUUGG